UCCCACCCUACUUUCUCCAUUUCUGGGUUUCCAUGGCCUGUUCCUCUUAAUCGCCUUCAAAUUAACGUCUUUUACUCCAUACGCACUCGAUUCACGAUUAUCCAUCAUGGCCGUUGAACUCAUGGGCUUCGCGAAGAUGAGCGAUCAGGGCCGUCAGAUGGCCAUACAGGAGGCUGCAUCGCAAGGAUUGAAGAGCAUGGAGCACCUAAUCCGCCGCAUGUCUCACAAAUCUAACCAAGCGGACUGUACCGACCUCGCUGACAUCACCGUCUCUAAGUUCAAGAAAGUCAUUUCUCUUCUCAACCGAACAGGACACGCCCGGUUCAGACGCGGUCCGGCAAGCUCUUCCUCUUCCGCCUCCACCUCUUCAUCGGUAUCAGGGGCGUCUCGUCCUGUUGCUCGCUUACACCCUCAGUCCUUAACUCCGGCUCCGGCAACUGUCCGUCCUCCGCCGGUAGUUACUCAGGCAACCUUGCCCCAGCCGCAGAUUGCCGCUCCUGUCAGUUUUGUUCAGUCACAGUCGCAAAGUUUGACUCUUGACUUCACAAAACCUAAUUUGUUCGCAUCUAAUGCUAAGAGUACCGAACUAGACUUUUCGAAAGAUACAUUUAGCUUGUCAUCGAACUCGUCGUUCAUGUCCUCAGCUAUCACCGGAGACGGCAGUGUUUCCAACGGAAAGCAAGGAUCCUCGCUCUUACUUCAUCAGGCAGUAUCCGGUGGGAAACCCCCGCUGUCGUCGGCUCCUCACAAGAAGAGGUGCCACGAUCACAGCGACGACGUCUCCGGAAAAUUCUCCGGAUCCGGCAGUGGCACGUGCCAUUGCGCUAAGAGGAGAAAAAAUCGGGUGAAGAAAACCAUCAGAGUCCCUGCAAUCAGUACCAAAAUCGCGGAUAUUCCCCAGGACGAGUACUCGUGGAGAAAGUACGGUCAGAAGCCUAUCAAAGGUUCACCUUACCCGAGGGGUUAUUACAAGUGCAGUACGAUGAGAGGGUGCCCUGCGAGGAAACACGUGGAGCGAGCGACGGACGAUCCAACGAUGCUGAUUGUAACUUACGAAGGGGAGCACCGCCACAGUCCCCAGGUUGCGGUGCAGGAGAACGUGAGCGCUGGCGUUGGAUUCGUUUUUGAGUCGUCGUGAGUGGAGGAAUUAAGUGGGAGAUGACGUAGGGCUAGCUUUUGUUACAUAAAAUGGGGGGGGGGGGGGGGUUAGUUGUGGGGUGGGGUUUGGAUGUAAAUUUCUUAAUUAACAGACAGGCAGAGGAAUGGAAUCAUAUCCUGUUUGAUUUUUUAGUUUUUAAAGCUUCAAGUUGAAGUCAUAAUUUGAUUUUUGACUUAAUAUCAUUUUUUUUCGGCAUGGCAUGUUGUUUACUCAUUGGUUUGAGUUUGUAUAUGCUUCUUAUGGUCA